AUGUGGGGUCUCUUGAGUUCCGACCGGGUCCUUGGUCUGUUGGAUGUCUGGCUGAGGACGAGGCAACGUCCGGAGCGGGUGGUCGGGUUCUGGGGUCCUUCCCGGGACCUGACAGAUGAACUCAAGUCCGCAGACUCAGUGGUCUUUGAAGACGUGGCUGUGAACUUCACCCUGGAGGAGUGGGAACUGUUGGACCCUGCUCAGAGGAAGCUCUACAGAGACGUGAUGCUGGAGACCUGCAGGAACCUGGCCACUGGACAUAAGAGAGGUCAGUAUGGCCAGAAAAUCUAUGUGUGUGAUGUGUGUGGGAAAUCUUUCAGUUAUUAUUGCCAACUUAAACGGCACGUGAGAACUCACACUGGAGAGAAACCCUAUAAGUGCAAAGAAUGUGGGAAAGCUUUUACUGGCAUCUCACACUUCCGAGAACAUGUCCGAAUGCACACUGGAGAGAAGCCCUAUGAGUGUAAGCAGUGUGGCAAGGCUUUCAGCUGGUGCACUUACCUUCGGGAACACAUGCGAACACACAGUGGAGAAAAGCCCUAUGAAUGUAAGCAGUGUGGCAAAGCUUUCCCCUAUCUCAAAUCCUUGCAAGGACAUGUGAGGAUACACACAGGAGAGAAGCCUUAUGUGUGUAAUGAUUGUGGGAAAUCCUACAGUUGUCCUAAGUACUUCAGAAAACACGUGAAAACACACAGUGGAGUAAAACCCUAUGAAUGUACAGAAUGCAGGAAAGCAUUCAUCACUUCUUCAUCCCUUCGAGAACACAUGAAAACACACAGUGAAGAGAAGCCUUAUCAGUGCCAGCAGUGUGGGAAAGCCUUCAGGUAUCCAAGAUCUUUGCAAGGACACAUGAUAACUCACAGUGAAGAGAAACCGUACGAAUGUCAGCAGUGUGAAAAAGCCUACAGGUGUCUCAUAUCCCUCCAGAGACACAUGAAGAUGCACACUGGCGAAAAAUACUGA